GAGAGGGAUACGUCUAUUCAAGUUUCCAACAGAAACAUGAGUACCAUAAAGAAAUAUGUUAAAGAGGAUGUGUCUUAUUCUGAAAGCUCAUCUGACGACGAGAAUCGAUUCAACAAAAAAGAGUUUAAUGAUAAAGAACUAUCGAAAAUUGCAAAACACUUACUAGAGGACUGGACGUUCAUUCUAAUGGAACUUGAUGUGACGCUUGAUGAAAUAAAACACAUCGAGAACUUACAUCCCCGAGAAAUGCGAAGACAAGCAUUGGAGGGUUUAACAAUGUGGCAUAAAAGAAGCUCAGCUCCAUUGACGGAUUUAUUAAAUGUUUUUAGAAACAACAAAAGACAAGACAUGAUAGAACUUAUUAAAGAAAUGCAAGACAGCACAAAAAAGACAGUUAGACGUAAAAGACGUUUACCUCGCAGCUUCUAUCGUCGUUCAACGAAAAAGAGAAGAACAAAUCAAAAACAGCAAAGUUCAACGUUUCUCAGCAUAUGCGAGGAAAAGAAAUCAGUAACAGAUACAGAUAUGAAUUUGCAAUCUGACAGUGAACCUUCUACUAGUUUUCAAAGACAGGCUGAUGAAGCAGAGGACGGAAGCAAAUUUGUUGAACGGAAAACCUCAGUUAAAAAGUUAAGAAUGACUACAAUGACGGUAGAGGUUCUCGAAAUGUCUCCAAUACAAAAUUAUGGCAACUUGAUCUGCAAACAAAGAAUAGGAAUACUAUUACAUAGCGACGCAUACUUGCAAAAUAUUAGGGCAUCUGCGUUUGGCAAACACGUUCACUAUAUCAAUCAAAACAUGAAACCUGGGAUGUUAUAUAACAUUUCUGGCUAUGAACUUAGAACAAGCGAGUAUGUAAGUUCAGAGCAGGAAUUGAUUCUGUCUCGAUCAACAACAAUAGAACAUGUUUCAAAAGAAGAACGAUUGGAAAAAACGAAAUAUCAUUCUCAUAAAAUAGCUGACAUGAAAGAUAAGACUAUCAUAAGGAAGCUACGAAUGGUUGGUCCUGUAAUAAUCACUUCAGUUGGCCCAGUACGCAAACCAAGCAAAAAGUAUUUAAAGGAAGUUAUGUUCAAAGAUAAAAGUGGAAAAAUUAAGAUGAACAUUUGGGGCUUUGGAAUAAACGACAUCCGAUUUUGGUACAAACCAGGACAAGUACUUAAACUUAAAAACGUGGAGGUAGGCAUGUUUAAGGUUUAUGACGGAGAUAAAUUUUAUUUGACAGCGGGAGAUUUUGCUACUUUUGAAAGGAAAUCAAGUGAGAAAAUGAAACCGCUUUUAGAAAAUGAAGAUGAAAGUUAUCUUAUCCCUGAGACGAUGAAUAUUAAAGAUGUUGUAAAUUUGGAAAGGAAAAAACAUUUAAUUUACAUAAGUUCAGUUAAAAUUGAAUCAUUUGCGAAAAAAAGUCACGUUGAAAUGAUUAUUAAGCACUGUGAAUAUGAAGAAAGCCAUGGGAAGCUUAAAGAAACUGACGACGGAUGGUACUGUGAGGAAUGUCAAAAGUGUCAGAAAGGGGAAGACAAGGUUCGAUUGAAAGCUGAAUUUGUGGACUCUCCGAUCAGCUCGGAUAAAAGUUUAUGGAUAAUACUGUUCGACAAAUCAGCUCAAACUAUACUUGGAAAUACAUAUGAAUCUUUUCGACAAUCGGAAGACGCUAAAGAGAGGAGAGCUAUCCUACGGAAAGUUGAAAAACGAGCUACAGUAUAUCGGCUCGAAAUUACCUUUAACCCUGAAUUUGAAUUCCAAAUCGCUACUAAAAUCGAAAUUAUACCGCAGUUAUCUUUCUAAAUAAGUUUUAAAAAACGAACAUACUAUACUUCCUGUCCAGAGUU